CAAGCUGCUGUGUUGCCUAGCUCUGAUCUCUUUAGUCGUGAGUGAUGGCUACUAUGGUUCCUACUACGGUAAAGGCUAUGGCUAUGGUCCCUUCUUCCGUGGAGGAUAUUUAGGAUCUUAUAAUGGAGGUCCAGGAUUCAUAGGAAGUUACUAUGGAGGUAAAGGAUUUGGUGGCAGAGGAUUUAGAGGAGGUUACUAUGGCGGCUGGGGAUAUGGAGGUUUAAGAGGAGGAUGUUCAAGGUGCUGUGUUGCCUAGCUCUGAUCUCUUUAGCCGUGAGUGAUGACUACUAUGGUUCCUACUACGGCAAAGGCUAUGGCUAUGGUCCCUUCUUCCGUGGAGGAUAUUUAGGAUCUUACAAUGGAGGUCCAAGAUUCAUAGGAAGUUACUAUGAAGGCCCAAGAUUCAUAGGAAGUUACUAUGGAGGCCUAGGAUUUGGAAGAAAUUUCUAUGGCGGAGGUUAUUUUGGUGGCAGAGGAUUUGGAGGUUACUUUGGUGGAACAGGGUUUGGAGGAGGCUAUAUAGGUGGCAAAGGAUAUGGAGGAGUAGGAUACAAGGAUUAUUACUAAAAUCUUCGAUGAAUAUGUAUGUGUAAGAAUUUUUAUACUUCUCUUAAUCAAAUAAAUCAUAAAUAACAUUGUCUAAUAUCAUACUGAGCUAUAUUGUAUAAAGUUAUAAAUAUAUUAGUGAUAUAUUAUGAUUACUAAUAGACAUGGGCACGGUUACUUAAAAAUGUAGUUGAUUAUUAAUCGGAUUAAUGAAUUUUGUGUAUUUAAUUAUUAAUCCAAUACAGCCAUUUUGUCUCGUUAUUGUUUACUGAUUACCUUAGAAGAUGUAUUAAUAAUUGAUUACUUAAGUAUUUUGUCAUAUUUUUAAGAAGACAAAUGUAAGGAUGGUGAUAUUGAUAACAACCUGUUGAAGAUUCGUAUGUGUACAUCUCAUGUUUAUUGUAUCGAAUCUGCAAGUUUCACUUUCAAUCAUCAUUAAGUUUUUGAAUAUUUUCAUCUGAUAUAUCGUGUUAUUAAUUUUAUUUGACUAAGUUGUCAGUAUUUGUUGUGAUUUAGAAGUUGUCUGCCCUUUGACAGAAAUUCCUUUAUUCGGGGUUGGGUGAGGUGAGAAUUAGUUAUAAAUCUUAAUUAAUUCUUAUAAUAAACAAGCAAUUGUCCCAUUUAAUUAGAACAAACAGCAACAAUUAAUGUGUGUUGUACUUUGUGUUGAAUGUUGUUUUUAUUUUGUUUUGUAAUUACGAGUAUUCUAAUAAAAUAUCUUCAAGAGAA